AUGCUCAAAACCCAACAAAAUCAACUACCUCCUAUCCCAUCUCCAUCAGUCUCUGAUGAUAAUCUUGGAGCAGAUUUAGAUGAGCCCACAUCUCCUCCUAAAUAUGGUACAUCCUCUAAGCCACACUCUUUCUUAUAUUCCUUGUUUCAGGCUCCAUCUGAUUAUGAUGAACCAUCAUCCCCCGUUCCAGUUUCACCAGUAGGCUUUCAGUCAAUUCUAGAAAGCCCAAGCAAUCGUGUUUCCUUGGAUUAUGACUCACCUGAGGACGAUGACCAAGAUGGUGAAAAGCAAUAUGAACCUGAAGAUCUUCCUAAAAGCUCUCGAGUACAAGAUAAUCAAGAUGGAGAUACUACAAUGCAAAUGAUAGACAUACCUACCAGUGAAGGACUGAUAGUUGAUGAUGAACCACAUGUUAUGUCCAUUGUCCUUUACUCCAAACCAUCUACCGGGACAUUUAGUAUUGAUCUUGAUUAUUAUUCUCCCUCACCUCAAAAAGAGUCUCAAGAACGUGAUGCUACUCAAGAAGCUAAGUUCUCUUCUUUUCCACCUGAUCCUUCUCAAGACGAUGGUAAUCCAACAUAUACAAAUGAAGCAAAUACAUAUGAAUCUGAGACUGAACACAACUUUCAAGAGUAUCUUGAACGUAUGGAAGACAAUGUGUAUAUUCUUAAUGAGGAAACAGAAGCACAUGUCAAAAAACUUCAGGUCACUAUUGAAGACUUUGAAGGCACAAUUGCUUAUAUCAAGGGACAAGUUGCUCGUAACAUGCGGAGGAUCGAAACUCUAGAUCAAAAAAUUCACAACACGAUUGAAGAUCAUCUAUCUCCGAUGCAUCAAAAGAUAGAUGACUUUAUUUAG